AUGAAGUUCGCCAAGGAACUCGAGCAGGAGCUCGUGCCUGAGUGGCGGAUCAAGUACCUAAACUACAAGGCAGGGAAGAAGUACGUCAAGGCGGUGAGCCGGGCGAUAAGUCGCGCCAAUGCCACACCGACAGGCGACCUGCCGCGACGACUGUCACAGGGCUUUUUCGCUCCCGGCAGUCCGUUCAGCCCGGCAAAGGCGAGCAAGAAUGCGGCACCGAGCGGACCGGAUGCAGACGAGGAGGGGGUGGCGUCGCUGCGAGACAGCCCGGCGCCUCUGGGACGUCUGAGAUCUACACCGAAGCAGACGACACAGCACGCGUCCGGGUCUGGACGAGUUCAACCCGGCACGAACCAGGCCGAGCGACACGGCCUCACGGGACCGAUUCCAGAGCGGUCGCAGCACUACGGCAGUUUUAUGGCCUCGGCCCGGUUUCGCAGUCCGUCUGUGGCCACGGAUAGCUCUCGGCUCUUUGAACUACCGGCGCCGGCGAUUCGCGUGCCGUCUCACACCAACGGGAACGCGCCGGACGAGUCGUCCGGCGCCGAGACGUCUGCCACGGCUGCUGCCACCGUGAGCACCGUAGCCGCCACCGGUGCCGUGACGGCAACGCCGCCCGGUCCCUGGAUGCCUAAUAUCCAGCGACGCAGCCUGUCGAUGGCAGCGGGCUCGCAGCUGUCCGGCACGCUUCCUCUGCCGUCUCGGGCGCCGACGUUCCCGUCUCUGUACGAGCUGACGCCGCGGCAGCGGCUGCGGCGGCUGUUCUCGGCGGCCACUCCGGCGCAGUGGGGCGCAGACGACACCAAUAAGAACGACAUCGGACUGCGGGCGCUGGAUGAGGUGCGCGAGCGCGAGCUCGACUUCUUUCGGCUGCUCGACAGCGAGCUCGAAAAGGUCGAGUCGUUUUAUAAGCUCAAGGAGGAGCAGGCGGGCGAGCGGCUCAAGAUGCUGCGCGAACAGCUGCACGAGAUGCGCAACCGACGGGUGGUAGAGAUCCGGGCGUCGAAAAAGCACAGCCGGUUCAGUCCAUUCGGCGACGGCAGCAGGACUCCCGUCAGCAAAGGCAACAACAACGGCAAGCCCAGCGUGAUCGCAGGCGACGCGCUAGCUGAGCCGCACAGCAAUGAACAUGACAGCUGGAUCGGACCGAUCCGGGCGAAGCUAUUCCGGCCGGGGCCCAACUCCAAGGCGCUGCAGGCGAUGGCGCAGACGCCACGGAUGUCGGGCGGAAUGGUGUCGCCGGCUGCAGCCCCUGACGAGCGGCGGGACUACACCCGGCGGGCACCCGACGACGACAUUCCGUACCGCACGGCCAAGCACAAGCUCAAGCUGGCGCUGCAGGAAUUCUACCGCGGACUGGAGCUGCUCAAGUCGUACGCUAUCCUCAACCGCACGGCCUUUCGCAAGCUCAACAAGAAAUACGAUAAGGCCGUCGGGGCUAGGCCGCCCUACCGCUAUAUGAACGAGCGGGUCAACCGGUCCUGGUUCGUCAACAGCUCCGUGGUGGACGACCUGAUCGUGGCUGUCGAGGACCUCUAUGCCCGCUACUUUGAGCGUGGCAACCACAAGAUCGCCGCCGGCAAGCUGCGCGCCCUCACGCGCCGCCCCGGCGACGAGUCGGCCAGCGCCUUUCGCAGCGGCCUUCUCAUCGGCGUCGGCUCCGUCUUCUCCAUCCAGGGCACCGUCAGCGGCGCCCGGCUGCUGCGCGAUGCUGACCCCGUCGUCCACCAGCAGACUAGCUACCUGCUACAGAUCUACGGCGGCUACUUCCUCAUGCUGUACCUCUUCUCGCUCUUCUGCCUCAACGGCCGCAUCUGGACCAUGAACAAAAUCAACUACUCCUUCAUCUUCGAGUUUGACCCGCGCUCCCACAUCGACUGGCGCCAGCUCUCCCAGUUUCCCAGCUUCUUCCUCCUGCUCUUUGGCCUCUUCUUCUGGCUCAACUUCUCCGUCCAUGCCAAUCCCGACCUCUUUCUCUAUUAUCCCGUUAUUUUGAUUGGUAUCACCCUCGUCUUUCUCUUCCUCCCGCUGCCUACUCUGUGGCACCGCAGCCGCAAAUGGUUCCUCUAUUCUCAUGUGCGUGAACCCUUUUUACCCGUCUUGUCUACUACUGACACGUUGCAGUGGCGCCUCUUUUUCGCUGGCCUGUAUCCGGUCGAGUUCCGUGACUUUUUCCUCGGUGACAUGUACUGCUCGCUCACAUAUGCCACCUGCAACGUAGAACUCUUCUUCUGCAUUUAUGCCCACGAAUGGGAUGACCCUUCCCAGUGCAACUCUAGCCGGUCCCGCCUCCUUGGCUUCUUCUCGACCCUCCCGUCCAUCUGGCGUGCUUUGCAGUGCAUCCGCCGCUACCACGACACUAAGAACGUGUUCCCUCACCUCGUCAACUGCGGCAAGUAUGUCAUGACUAUUCUGAGCUACGUCUUCCUCAGCAUGUACCGCAUCAGCGGGACCAACGCCAACCUCUCGCUGUUCAUCGUGUUCUCAGUCAUCAAUGGCCUCUACACAUCGAUCUGGGAUCUUUUCAUGGACUUCUCGCUGCUCCAGGCCGAGUCCCGCUACUUUUUGCUGCGCGAUAUCACGGCCCUCAAGCACCGCUGGGUGUAUUACGUAAUCAUGUUCAUCGAUCCGAUCCUGCGCUUCUCAUGGAUCUUCUAUGCCAUCUUCACGCAUGACUCGCAGCACAACACGAUCGUAUCCUUUAUGGUGUCCUUUGCCGAGGUGACGCGCCGUGGCAUGUGGGCGCUCCUGCGAGUUGAGAACGAGCAUUGCGGCAACGUUGCGCAGUACAAAGCGUCCCGCGACGUGCCGCUGCCGUAUCACCUGCACGUGACCAGCGCUAGGUUAAGCCACGAGUUCAUGGGCGUGGCAGACGACGAGGACGAGGUCAGCAUCGGGCGGUCAACGGCUGUGGAAGAAACCCCGUCGAUCCAGCCGACGAGAAAGGACAGCGUGCAUGUCUCGAAGCAGCAGCAGCAGCAGCAGGGCGUUGCCGGGACGCCCGGAUCCGGAGCAGGGCCGUGGGCCGAUUACGGCAGCAACGUCGAGGAGGGUGCGGCCGGGCGGCCGGGCACGGCAGCGGACGGGUCGAUGGCAGGCGGCACGACGUUGCGGCGACGGCGGACGUCGACGACGGCGACGGGCAAGAAGACGAUUGCAGCGAUCAUGGCGGAGGCACACAUGCAGGACUUCCAAAAGAAGCGACAGCCCGAAGCACCGCCGGCCGUGGGACCGCUACCGAGGCAGAUGCACGAGGCCAGCAGCGACGACGGCGCCGAGGAUGACGACGACAGCGACAGCAGCGAUAGCGAUGGCGGCAUCGGCAUGGUCCUUGCCGGUGUGGCCGACGGUGACGAUAUGGACAGUGAAAGGGGUGGUGGUGGCAGUGGUGGUCGAAAGCGGUCGACGACGGAUGCCAGCCGCAAAGACGUGUAA